CAUUGUUUCUGUUACUAUUAUUAUUCUAUAGAUUUAUUGAGUAUGUGCCAAGAAAAUGAAUCUUAAUGUCUUAUAUUUACUUUGAUAAUAAAUUUACUUUGAACUUUGUCAAGUCUCUCUCACAGCCUUCAGCAGAGAAAAAAAAAUCAACCAACUUUACCUCCAAAUGAUGGAAUGGACCGGAGUUUGAUGUCAAAGCCAUAGUGGUGAGCAGUAUUUACACCUUAAUUAUAUAACCUUGGGUGGAGAUACAUAUGCAAAUAUGGCCACCCAGAUUUUGCAGUACCACCAACCUCAAGAACAUCUUCUGCCCCUCCCUUAUAAGGUUAUUGAAUGGUUUCCUAGUAUGAAAUUGAUCUCUUUAUCUCAUAAUCAGACACUAAGUUUAUGAUCUUGCACCUUGCUGUUUACCUGCACUGCAUUUUCUCUGCAGCUGUUACACUUUAUCCUACAUCCUGAUAUUACGUUACCUUGUUUUGUCUCACUGCUCUGUGUAAUGAUUUGAUCUGUAUGAGCAGUAUGCAAAACAAGCCUUUCACUAUAUCUUGGUACACGUGACAAUAGUAAACCCAUUCCAAUUCCAAUUCCAAACACACUGCUCUACUGUUGCUGAAAUGAAAUGUCAUUUUUCUCCCGGGUCAGUUUUGAAAAGUUUUGAGCUGCAUGAUGUUGCUCUGAUUUUGCAGUUGCAGAGGGACCCAUCACUGUGGUUGUUCCCCACCAAUCCCUUGCAGAGGGUGCUCCAAGCUUCAGUGCGUUACUCAGCAUGUACUCCUGCAUGGUGGACUGUGUCAUUCCUCCACGGAUAUCUCGAUGCGCUGGCAGGCCAACAACUUUCUGGCAGUCCUCAGGACAUCUUGCACUAAAUCGUCACGCCAGUGGCAUCUGAUGCUCAUCUCCGUGUGCGUACCUGGGAGCAGCUGCUCAGAAUGAACCAGACAAAAGAUGGGGAGAAAGUGACAAAUGUAAAAGUACUCGGAAAAAUUGAAGAUGGGUUUGCCAUUGAGGUUUGAGGACUGUCUGUAUCCUCAAAGAAAGCAAAUACACUUGGUGGGAGAUGGACUAACCCAAAUCUGAAACUGAACAAUUACAAACUGGGUUGGUUAUGAAAGCGGAAUAUAUAUAACAAACAUGCGAAAGCGGAUGUGUACAAACUACACUCUGUUUUGGAUGCGUCACUGAGUCGUUACUUCCUUUGAUCUUAUGCAAAUAUCAACAGCACCAAAUCCUGGGCAAGUCAAAACUUCCUCAGGAAGGCCAGAGCCAUUGUUUUUGCUUAGCCUUCUCCAUAAACUCAGUAUGCAGCGGCUCCAUUAUUCCCAGAUCAAACUGCAAAAGCUUGGUGCAUUGUUUUACUCUGAGCUAAACAUCAUCAUCAAAUUCUGCCCAUCAAUCAGUACCACUUAAUAAUGGCUCAACUACACUGUCCACCUUUGUCGCCAUUUCAACCCCUUGCUGCUGAAAUCUUCAUUCACAUGUUUGUCAUCAUGAAAUAUUCUUCCAAGGCCUCUUGUAAUCUUGUAAAUACUCCCUGUCUCCCAAUUCAUGAAUUUAAUAUCCUCAUUUUCAUUUUAAAAUUGCUCGAGUUUGCUGCGUUCUGUUUUGCAAGCAAUACUGAUGUUGCAUCCCUAUUGUAGCUUCUCAACCUCUGGCAUUUUUCACAUCUGUAUUGGUAGCUGAGGCUUCAGCUAUUUCAGCCCUAUUCUCUCGUGCUUCGUUGCUUAACUUUGCUGCCUCUCCAUUUCAAUCUUUUAUAAACAUCUCUAAAACCGUUCCUGCUCCCUUCUGUUGGACAAGUGAAUGGUCGCUUCAUCAUGCAUUUUAUUUUUUUUCAUCCUCUUAGCUUUGUGUUAUAUAAAUUAAUUGUACACCAAAAUGAAGAUCACCUAAACUGCUGUUAAACUCCAGACUUUUGGUAAAAACAUAUACACUGACAUGAGUAUUUUUGCCAGAUAUCUUGUGGCAUCGUAAGGCCACUUUUACAAACCUACCAAUUCCCAUGGUUUUCUUCCCACCCUGUCUCCUGUAUUCACUUUUCUCAUUUCCUUCAUUUCCACCACACCAGUUCCCAGGAUGCAGCUUUUCUUUCCAGGACAGCGGAGAUGUCCACAAUUUUGAAAGAACAUGGUUUCCCUGCUAACACCAUUAAUUCUGCCUUCAGUUGUAUCUCCUCCAUUUCCCGAACAUCUGUGCCCACCUGAUCUGCCCGCCACCUUAACAGUGAUAAAAGUUCCUCUUACCCUUACCUGCCAGCCCAAGACCCUCCAUAUCCAACACAUCAUUCUCCAUAACUUCCGGCAUCCUCAAAGGGAUCCUACCAUCAAACAUAUAUUUUUACCAACAGGGAAAAACAGUUCUGCUUUCCACAGGGUUCUCUCCCUGUGUGAUUCCCUCGUCAACUCAUACUUCCCCACUAUCUCCUUCCUGGCACUUACCCCUGCCGGAGGCCACUGUGCUACACCCGCCCAUCCACCUCCAUUCUGGGCCCCAAACACUCCUUCCAGGGUAUGCAACACUUCACCUACAAAUUUGCUGGGGUCUUCUAUUGUGUCCAGUGCUCUCAAUGCAGGAGCCUUUACAAUGUUGAGACCCGUCAUAAAUUGGGGGACCUCUUCAUCGAGCACCUCUGCACCAUCCGCCACAAGCAGGGCUUCCUGGUGGCCAAACAAUUUUAAUUGCAAUUCCCAUUCCUGUUCCAAUGUGCCAAUCCGUGGCCUCCUUUUGUGCCACCAUGAGGUCACCCUCAGGGUGGAGGAGCAACACCUUGUAUUCCGUUUGGGUAGCCUCCAACCUGAUAACAUGAUUUUUGAUUUCAUAUUGGAAGUUUUUCUCUACCCCUCCCCUCUUCUAUUCCUCAUUCUGGUCUCUCACCUCUACUCACCUGUCUUAACACCCCUCACCCCCCUUCUCCUCAUCCCCUCCUCCUUCCCUUUCUCCUAUGGUCCACCUUCCCCCUCCAGCCCUUUACCUUUUCCACCCACUUGGCCUCACCUACCACCUUCUUGCUAUCAUCUUUACCAUCCCCCCAUCUUUCUAUUUUUGCAUCUUCCUCCUUCCUUUUUAGACUUGAAGAAGGUCUUGGCCUGAAACAUCAACAGUUUAUUCAUUUUCACAAGUGCUGACUGAGCUGCUGAGUUCCUCCUGCAUCUUGUGUGUGUUGUUCUGGAUUUCCAGCAUCUGCAGAAUUUCUUGUGUUAUUGAUCACCACUUUCUCUUUUCUCUUAAGCUCUCAAUAUAGGUACUUAGAAUUUUUAUCCUUCCCCUGGAUAUUCAGAGUUUUAUAUUCUUGAAAUACACGGGCACAGUGUUGAGUAGUUUCAUUUGGCAGGCUGUUUCUAACUUCAUAAACUCUCAAAUUGUGAAUGAAUGCAGGACACAGAGCCUAUUAGAAUAAUUGGGUUUGAACAAGUGAUUACAGCAAUUUAGUCAUUUCCAACUGUGAUACAGCUGUCUGGAUUUGCCUUUAUUCUUCAUGCACAUCCAAAGAUGAUUUCAAGUUUAUUUCCUGAAAAAAAUAAGCUUAUGAUUAAAAAAGAUAUAAACAUAUCUAUGAAAUUAAUUUCUGUGAAUGUUUAUUGUGGUUCAUUUACUAGCGCUCCCAGAUGUCCCACAGUGUUGAGCUUAAAGAUAUUGGCAGAUAUACCUGAGGUACCGCCUGUGCGAGCAUGAAUAUUCCCUGCUUUAUUAUACAGUAAUAGUGCCAGUGCAUCCAAGAGCCCCUCAACCCUAUUGUAGGGUUUUGGAGGCUUUUGUGAGUCUUAAUGACAUGGAGGGCAAUGUUGGCUAGAGUCAAGGCUUGAUGCUUUGGCUCUUGGUAGCAUCACCAAGGGUAGAGGCCAGACAGAGUGGUCCACCAGUCAUCUAGCUUUGGGGGUUUAGCUCAGGGCUGACGACCCUGGCUGGUCCAAAAAAAAUGUUACAGAGAAAACAGAGUCCUUCGAUAUUUGUGUGAGACCAACAACAGACAGAGUUGGAGGACCUUCAUUGCUGUGCUAAAUUCCAGCAGUGUAAUGGGCAGAUGAAUAAAUAAGUAGUUCCGGUAACAUUAUAUUGUCUUACCUAAACAUGCACCGCGCACUUUAUGUCAAUCUUCAGCCCUUGUCGCUCUGGGACUUCGCCAAUAUUAGUUUGUGUCCCAUGUGCUGGAUCGUAACUAAAUGUAAUAUGUGUGACUAUAUGUAUUGUGUUUUGCACCUUGGCCCCAGUGGAGUGAUGCUUCGUUUGGUUGAAUAUGUGUGAUGAAUAACAAUAAACAUGAAGAGGCACUGCUUUUGGAUGAGCAAUAAUGCUCCACCUGUCCUUUCAGAUGGAACUGAAAGACCAAGCAUGCAUCUGAAGAAGAGUCAAGGAGGUUUCAAUGAUACCCCGGCUUUUUAGACUGACCGUUCUCUGUGGGACCUUGUCAUGUCAAAUUAGCUAUACAUCUCCAACAUGAAAACAAUAACUAAUUUUCAGCAAGUAAUUCUUCUUCAGCUGUGAAAUACUGUGCGAUUAUCUGGAGUAAUGAAAGUUGCUCUAUUUUCUCUGUUUAUUGUGAAAUAGUUUAUAAAAUGGCAGUAGCUUCAUUCUAAUUAAAUCCCUCUAUGUUGAUAAAAGUUUUAUGACGUAUUUAUUUCAUGAAGAAGGUGGUUGAUUUUAAAACUUAGUUAAACCUGUUAUUUGUAAUAAUUUCAUCCA